AUGUCUGCAGCAGUUGGAGGCGCUCCGCCCACCCAUGGGCAUAGCGAUUCUGUAAAUGGAAGAAAUCCCACCAUCCCUGCCAUCCCUUCUGUCAACGGAAACGUAUCUCUACCUGAUCACACCCGCAAGCCGUCGAUGACAGUUACACCAGCUGGCGCCACUGGCUUCGCUGCAAAUGGUGGUGCUCCUGGAGGUCCUCAAAACAAGCCGGGAAAUAUUCAGUUUGGUUCGUUGGGAGUGGCAAACCCUGCUAGUUCCCCUGCCAUGGGUACACCUCCCUCGUUGGCCCAUCAAAACUCAUCAAAUCUCAGUGUGAGCCAGCUGAACCCUCGCGCGACUUCUCCUUCAAGUUCCCCAUCACCAAUUCCUCAACCUGCUUCUGUCAGUGGUGGUCGCCCUCCUACUGGUUUUCAGGGUCAAGGGAACGGAUAUACAUUCGGACAGCUUUCGGGCGAUCAGAAUGACCCAAGUGGUAUGGCUCGGCCAAUAUCUCAACUACAGUUUGGACCUCAGCAAGAGCACAUGAGACGAGGCUCUUCGCAGUCAAUCCACAGCGACGUUGGUGGCCCAGGGAUCCCAGCGGGCCCGACUCGUGGUGGCUUUCCUGGUGGUCCAGGUCGUGGGAGAGGAUUCAAUCCUCCAUAUCAGCAACAACCCAUGCAUUUCUCCCCCCAACAACAAUUUCGACCUACUUCGAACGGACGUUCAUUCCAAACUGGAUAUCAAGGCCGCGGCCAACCACUACCCUACCAAGGAUCCCCCGCUAUGGGCACCCGAAGCCCAGCUCUCGUCAACGCUCAACCAGGAACCCCGAAUAUGGGAGGUCAAAUACAUAUGGUGCAACCCGGGAUGCAGACCCAGCCCAAUGGAUAUUAUAUGGGACCCCAACAUGUAAAGAAUUACCCACAGUUUCCUUCUUCCCGUGAUCCUGCCAGAGAACCCGCAAGAGAGAGAGGGAAGCCCACGAGAGGCCGGAACCGUGGCGGUCGCGGAGCUGGUCGCGGUAAAGGCCCUGGUAGAGGUGGACCUGAGGAAGGAUCGACUUUCUACAGCAAAGAUCCAGCCUCGGACUACUACCGCCCCGAUCUCGUGCCUCCACCUGUUCAAGUUGUCCCCGAACUCGCGCAGGCCCCCAUUCAAGUUGUUCCAAAUGCUCCCAAUGUACUUCCCUACCCUGACUUGUCCCCUGAGUCUGGCAAUUUUGAACGUUAUUCAGAACACUUUCUGACUACAAGAGCACAGGGCUUCCCCAUGACCCAAGCUGAUCCUAGCAUUCAGCAAAUGUAUUUGCAGCAAAUGUAUGCCCCAGGGGCCAUGCAGGCUCAAUACAAUCCCCAAUACAACAUGCAACCCCAAUCUCCUCGCCCGCACUUCAACCAGGGUAUGUAUGCACCCGGUAUGCAACCUUCAUACAGCAAUCAAGGCGGACCACCGCCUUCGAUGUCGAGGCAGUCUUCUCAAAUAUCUGCUCCUGAUCGACCGGGGUCCAGCGUUGGCCAACAACCGCCGACGCCAGGUCCUGCCGGGGCUCCACAUCCAGCUAAUCGAGCCCCGAGUGUGUCUUCGCAAAAGUCAAAUUAUACCAUUCCUCCAAAGAAGAGUGCCGCCAUCACGAUCAAAAAUACUGCCGGCGAGGUUGUCUCUUUCAACAAAUCACCCGCAUCGCCCGCGAACCCGACUCCAGUCUCAGCCACAGUUCCCCCGCAAUCUGCGCCCACGCCUCCGAGUCGAACUGCCAGCGCCGCUGACAAUGCUCACGGCCGAACAGAAAGCGUCAGCAUAAAGACUGCUGAAGAGGUGAAGAAGCAAAUGCAGGAAGCUGUUGCAAAGAAGAUCGCAGAAGAUGAAGCAAGACUGAGAUUGGAGAAGGAAACGGCCGAAAAGGCGGAGAUGGAGAAAGAAGCUGCAGCGUUGGCCGAACGAGAGGCCGCUGAAGCUCAGGCCAAGACAGAGGCAAAGGAGAAAGAGGCCAAAGAAGCUGCAGAGAAGGCUGAGGCUGCCAAACAGGCCGAAGCCAAGAAGCUCGAAGAGACUCAGGCAGCGACGACCAAAGCGCAGCAAGAUGAGCUUGAUCUAGAUGCUCUUGCUGCUGAAAUGGAGGCCGAAGAAGCCGCCAGAGAAGCAGAAGAACUUCGACGUGAAGAAGAAUACAAGAAGAGGAAAGCUGCUCAACGCGAGGCCGAGCGAAAGAAGCAAGAAGAAGAGGCCGCGGCUUAUGAGGCCAACAUGAAGGAGUUGGAGCGCAAGGCCGAAGAGGCAGAACAGGCCCGUGAAAAGGAAAAAGCCGAAGGAGUGUCAGGAGAUGAAGCCAGCAAGAAACUCUUUGCUGAGCUCAAGCCCAAUCCAUUCGGUACACCCGCUUCAGUUGAAAGUCCCGCCGGCCCGACAACUCCCGCCGAAAGUGGAACUGCCACACCCGUUUCGGACGUCUCGAUGCCUCCUCCUGCAAAGGCUCCUGGACGUCGCACCAAGGCUGCCGACCUGACCCUCGACACCAAGAAACCUGUGGAGCCUCCUGAGCCAAGUGCAACUCUGAAAGCCCUGCAGUCUGCCAAGAAGCUUGGUGAUAUCUCCAAGGUUGUUUAUCCAUCAGACAUUGCCUCGCCCAAUCCUGCCCUGAACGCAAAUGCCCCGGCGGAUCGGGGGUUCAAAUAUAACAAGGAAUUUCUGCUCCAGUUCCAGAGCGUGUUCAAGGAGAAGCCCACUCUCGACUGGGAUGCUCGCAUUCGAGAUGCGCUGGGCGAUGGAGACGCUUCAGCUCGACCGAGCGCGUCAGCCAGGACGCCUUCGGGCAUGGGAAACCGCAGUACUUCGGCUCGCGGACCCCCUCCUAUGAGCAACUUUGGUGGUCCUAUGGGUGCAUUUGGUGGCGGAGUCAGCCGACCAACUCUACCCCCAGGUACCACUUCAGAGCAGCGAUUCGCUGCAUCGAACGCAUUGAGGAGUGGAGGAAUGGGCGCGAAUCCGUUUGCUCAGUUUGGUCGCCCAGGAGGUCAAAUGCAGCCUUCGAUGGGUGGCCGAACGCCCUCCAACAAUCCUCUUGGGCCUAUUCCUGGUUCUCCGCGCGUCAGUGGUGCAAGUCGCGGAGGAUCCCGUGCUGAGAGCAAACGCUCAAAGCAAAAUGCUAAGCAACAUCAGGAAGAAAACAAGUCCAUGCCUCUUACUGCUGGUAUGUCUAUUACGGCUCUUGAAACCUCAUCUACUGGAUGGAAACCAAGGAGUCUCACUCAGCCCAUCGUUUCCGGCCCUGCUCCUGGUGGCGAUGGCUUGAUGGAUCCUGAGACUGUGCAGCGCAAGACAAAGGCACUUUUGAACAAGAUGACCCCUGAAAAAUUCGACAGAAUAUCGGACCAAAUCUUGGACAUUGCGGCUCAAUCCAAACACGAAACUGACGGCCGAACACUGCGUCAAGUUAUCCAGCUCACUUUUGAGAAGGCCACUGACGAAGCUCAUUGGGCAGGCAUGUACGCUUCGUUCUGCCGACGCAUGUUGGAGAGUAUGAGUCCGGACAUCAGAGACGAAGGAAUCAAGGACAAGAACGGCAAUGUCGUGACUGGUGGUAACCUGUUCCGAAAAUACCUGCUCAACCGCUGUCAAGAAGAAUUUGAACGUGGUUGGAAGGUCAAUCUACCACCCCGACCUGAAGGGGAAUCCGAAGAAGCCGUCAUGCUGUCGGACGAAUACUAUAUCGCUGCGGCUGCCAAACGCCGUGGUCUCGGUCUCGUCAAAUUUAUUGGUGAACUGUUCAAGUUGUCCAUGUUAACCGAGCGAAUCAUGCAUGAGUGCGUCAAGAAGCUCGUGGAUUAUGAGGGUACCCCUGAUGAAGCCGAAAUCGAGAGCUUGACCAGCUUGCUGCGGACGGUCGGCAAACAGCUUGACAACCCGGAGAGCAAGGCGCAAGGAAGGAUGGACCUCUACUUCGAGCGCAUCAAGUCGAUGAUUGACCUGCCAGAACUUCCCAGCCGUCUCAGAUUUAUGCUGAUGGAUGUUAUUGACCUACGAUCCAAGGGAUGGGCCUCUAAGGAAGACAACAAAGGUCCUAAGACCAUCACCGAGAUUCGUGAGGAGGCCGAACGCCAGGCACGUGAGGACGAACUCAGACGACUUGCGAGCCAGACCGGCGGCCGUGGUGGUGGAGGCCGGAUGCCAAUGGGUCGUGGCGACGCUCGAAGCUUCAGCGGCUUCGGGGGACAAGUCCCGCCUCCUGAUACAUCGAAUCGAGUGGGGACCGAUGACCUUCGAAAGCUGGGUAACCGUAACGCUCGCCACCCAAGUCAUACGUCUGGUCCCGGUCCAUUGGGCCCGCCUAGCUUGAUGGGUGGGCGGACCAACAGUGGGCGUCGUGGACUGGGACCUGGUGGUCUUUUAGGGCGAGGAGACGACAGUGCCACAAGUAGUCGCACCGGAACACCACCGGCUCAGAAAGACAAGGAGAAGAAGGAUGAGUCUAGCACGAAUGCUUUCAGUGCUCUUGCCGCUCUCGAGAACGACGGACCAUCAUCGCCACCAUCUAAUCCCGCUUCACCCCCCGUGCAGAAGUCGCAGCCAAGCAUCGAACGAGGACGAUCGAGAUCACCGGACAAAAGCGCCGCGUGA